AAGUUCCCGGCAUGGGCUUCCCCAAACUCCCUCCGGGAAGAAGGGUAUGUGCCAGGUUUUGUGCCGGGUGUUCCCGUCGCUUAGCAUCUUCUUCAAGAGAACCGUGGCUGGUUUCUACCCACCCUAAUGCCAGACACAUCGUCCGGCCCUCUUGUUGCUGUGGGGGCCCAUUCCCGCUUCUGACCCCUGCCACCCUCGCUCACACCCGUCCUUCUUUGUUUCCCGGCUUGCUCCGAAAUGUGAUGUAACAAGAGGAGGCAAAAAUCUUUCCCUCUUUCCAACACUAAGUCCUUCCUCCCUCUGUCACAGACAUGCUCACAUUUAUCUACACACACAUAUAUAGGCAUUCGACUCCCUGUCUGGAGGUGAACACUUGCAUGUUCUAGUCUGACCUGAAAUCCAAAAGAAGUGCAUUAGAAAGCCCCCGGGGGAAAGCUGGACAGAAACAAGUACCUCCCUUUUCAGCAUGAUGCAGAGUCCGGGGGAAAGAGCCAGUCCUGCCUCCUAGAAACGUGGAAAUUAGCUGAGGGACAGCUGCUGUGGAUUUUUCUGAUGAAAGUGGGACUGGUUUCCAUCCCUUUGCCCCUGGGCAAGUCCUUUGGGAGACUGGAAAAGAAGCUCUGGGUACUGCCAAAUAGUCCAGGAGGUGUGUGACAAUGUUUGUGAGGCUACUUGUGUGAGAGAGAAAGAGACCUGGAGUGUCUGCAAAAGGAAACUUUCCUUGGAUUUUACCCACCGUGGCUUCAGCUCUGACAGAAGGAAUUUAAGUAUUGUUCUCCCUUCACUGAAGCAAUUCAUGACCUGGAUGGGAUAAAAGAUGAGACCAGAUGACAUCAACCCGAGGACUGGACUGGUGGUAGCCUUGGUCAGUGUCUUCCUUGUUUUUGGCUUCAUGUUCACUGUUUCUGGGAUGAAAGGGGAGACCCUGGGGAACAUCCCCCUCCUUGCCAUAGGACCUGCAAUUUGUUUGCCUGGGAUAGCUGCCAUUGCUCUGGCCCGGAAAACAGAGGGCUGUACAAAAUGGCCUGAGAAUGAACUCCUCUGGUGCCGAAAACUCCCCUGCUUCAAAAAAUCAAAGGACAAGGAAGUCAUCGAACUGCUGAGGACCCCAUCUGACCUGGAGUCAGGAAAGGGGAGCUCUGAUGAACUGGUCAAAAAGACAUACCUCAGAGGCAAUACUUCCCCAAAGGGAGAGGUCCCCGUGGCCAGUUCUGUCACUACUACCAUUGCUACAGGAGAAGAGGAAUGCAAGAGUCUUGUCCAAAAGGACGAUCAAGAUGAGACUUCCAGAUACCUGGAAGGGUGCUGUCUUUCAGGUACCAUACCAGCAUCGGGGAGCACCCCCAACCACAGUGCCUUGGAACCAAAGUGCUCCACUUGGGACAGAUCUGACUGCCCGGAACCCGAGGACAGCAUUUUCUUUCUACCACAAGACAGUAUCAUCGUCUGUUCCUACAAGAGCAGUCCCUAUGACAGAUACUGUUGUUACAUCAAUUCAAGCCAAAUCAGUUGGGACCAUGAGACAAUAGUUUAAAUGAGGCACAAAAAGCAUAUCUAUGUUUAUACAGACAUGGCAAAUUUCAGCUACUAAUGGAAAAGAAACUGCACUGCAUGAAGACUUCGAACUGUUAGAAAUUGGCCUGGUAUGUGACAGAUGCUCAGACCUCCUGUGCCUGAAGUCCUGUGAAUGAGCAUGUUUAAGGGUUGGGGACUUAUUUUAGUGAGAAAUGAUGAGGUCAAAGAGGGACAUAUCUAGGGGAGGUGAGAAGGUGACCAAGGAAACAGGAAUUCUGAUUCCUUACCUGAUUAAAUUAUGUUGAAUGUCUUGCAAAACAGUUCAAAAUUACUAUGUGGUUUUAGCUAAAGACAAGACAAAUCAGGAGCCAGAUAUGUAUAAAAAGUAACAAUGAUGUAUGAGAAUGUAUGCUUUUAGUAAGAGAAUUUCUUGAUUUCUGAAGAGUAUUGAAAGUCCAAUUUUACACUCAGAUAAUUGGAUGGGGUUAAAUGAUUAAGAAGCUUUUAAUACUUACUUAAUUCCCCAAUCAAGGAAAUAAUUACUUUCCUUCUUAGAUGUUCCCUGAAAGUCCAAGGAUAACUUUUAAAAGUUGAAUCAUGUUCCAGUUCUAUGAUCUUUUGGCCAUCACCAUUCAGGGAACUGCAUGUAUUAGUUAAAAUAAAAUGUCCACACUUAUGUGAAAAACUCACAAUUUUAGAAUGUUAUAUCAACUCUUAACGUGAUCAUUUAAUGGCUUUAUCUGAAGUGUUUUCAAUAUACAAUUAUCUUACAUAUAUAAUUUCCUCAUAAAGUAAAACAUGACAUGUUUGAAAGAAUUACAGGGAUUUAAAUUAGUUUUCACCAAAUCAAAUGAAGUUUUACAACUACAUGCAAAUACCAUUGAAAUUAUGGCUAGGAUUUCCUUGGGAAUUACUAUUCUCAUAUGCCUCUUCCCAUCCAAAGACUAUAUGUAUACACACAAACACAUAAACACACAGUAAUUGCUGCAGCUAUGAACAAUGUGCUGAAUUUGCAUGAAACACAUUGAUUAACUAUCUGGAAGCCUAGUGCUUGCAUGCAUGUUCACACAGACCCUAUACAUUCCAAUGUCACCAGGGUUAAUGGAAUAGAAAACUCUCUUAUAAACACAGAUUUAAUAAUCUCUUAGCAUUUCAUACAAAGGUCAAUUUCAUUAACCCAGUUUUCAUUGUUUCUAAGAAAACAAAAAAUAAAACAACAAAAAAAUCCACCAUAGUGGAAACUACAAAUAUUUCCCAUUUCAUCUUUUCAUUUCCAAUUGCAUCAGAUAGUAAAGGCCACCAGCCCAAGUGAAAAUAUAUCUGCUUAAUUGAAAUCUGAGGUCAAUAUGAAGAAAUGGUGAUGAGUUUCAUUCUAGGGGCAAAGACAAACUUCAGAGAAUGAUCAUUAAAGAAUUUCUCACAGAUGUUUCCAGCCAUUUACUCUAAAAUACGUGGGGGAAAGGAGGAACUGGAUGGUAUUUAUCUGGGGGCUAUUUCUUUGGGGUACAUUAGACCCAAUGUCAUAGCUUUUGCAUAAGGAAUAGAAAAGUUACUAUUAUUUAGACUAAAGGAUUUUACAAAUCAUACUUGUCAAAUCCAUUUCAGAUACAUUUAAUCUUUUUUUCUGUGCAUAAAUGAUUUAUUCUAGCUCUGUGACCUUGGGCAGAUCACUUAACCUCUGAACCUCAGUUUCUCACCUGCAAAAUGAGAGGGUUGGGUAGAUCUGAGGUUCCUUUAAAGAGUCUAUGAUCCUGUCAAAAAAUACUUUGUAUACUUCAAGGAAAUGAUUUAUAAUAAAAUGCAUGCCAAAGAUAAAGACAUUUGUAUAAAUAACUGUGAGACUGAGUUUGUUAUUGCUAAAAAUGAUUUUGUACACAUGUAUGAAAGUAAAAUUUUCAUAUUACUGACUAUAACUUUAUAACCAAAAUAUCAGUGUCAGGGAGGGAACUAAGAUUUUGGUUUGAAGAAUUAGGUUUGGGAAGAAGCAUUUUAUAAUAGGUAUGUAGCCUGAGGUAGUAUAGUAUGUGGAUAUGAGCUAAGCACAAAAAUAAAUUUACACACAGAAAAAAAUAGAAAUCUUUUAUUGACAUCAUUAUAUCUAUUUUUCCUAGUGCUAUGUUAAUUGAUACAUGAGGAGUGUGGGGGCAAUGGGUGGUGGUGGUGAUGGUGAUGGUGGUGAUGGUAGAGAUGGCAGCUAUAUCUCCAUUAUACUACCUUCUCCAAGAUGAAAAUCUCUGGUUUAACCCCUGGGAAAGGUCUAAUGUGUUCAAACCUUUGGUGGAUGUUGAGAGCUUUUAGAAGAGAAUGGAUAAACCCCAAAGGUGGUUGUUCAUUGCUGCUCCUUCAAUUUCAUUUGUUCAUUGGGUCUAAUAAGAAGACUCACUUGAUGCUAGGCAUAGCAGGACUGUAAUACCAGCUUGUUUCAUACAUCCUGUCCCUCCCCAUACCACAUCACCUCCUCUUCUACCACAAAAGUUCCAGUUUACAAACUUGGCCUUGACUCAAACUACUCAUUUAAUAGUUUAAAGGAUUAUAUCACAUGAUCAGGUUUCAGAACCACUAGAUUCCCCAUGACCCUUCCUCCUUAACACUGUGAAGUGAAGGCUUUGUGCUAAAACAGUAAUUUAAUCCUAAGGCAUACUUUUUCUCAGAAUAGUAUAUAUGAGUAUAUGUAUAUAAUAUAUGUGAGUAUAUGUGUUAUUUUUCUUGAGGGUCUAGACUAAAUCUCCCUCCUUACCACUGAAACAAUGCAGCUCAGUACACAAAACCAGCAGUUUCAAGCACGGUCUAACAUGACUUGUGUACUUUCUUCAGAAUGUUUCCCUAAUGAUCAAAAUUACAACAAAAAAUGUAGCAGCAUAAAGGCCUUAAAUAAAAAUUAUGCCCUAAUUCCAACCCCCAAUUUAAAUAAAGCAGUCAUUUUGGCAUAAAGGAUAUUGAAACAUUAACAUUUUCCAGCUGGCAGAAGAAAUACCUUUGGAGAACAAGUAAAAAGUAUAAUAGCUCCUUUGUAAUUUUUCAAUAAUAUUAUUUCAAUUUUAUCUUUGAAUAGAUUUUUUAAUUGUAUUGUCAAAUUUUUCUUUCAUUAUCUUCCCACUAUCUAUUACAUAUUUGUGGAAAUUCCUCAAAUCAAAGUGUUCUUUGUUUCAGAGCUGCCUGACAGCCAAGACUUCAAAGCUGUUGCGUAUUUGGGCAGUUGUUUCAGUCUGUUUUUGACUACAGUCUUCAUUUUGAGGGGUCUUUUAAUUUUGUUUUUGUUUUGUGAUCACCACCUGUGAAUUCAUUGGUGUAAGAAAGUCUCAGGUGAAGAAAUUUUCUCUAUUCAUAUAGAUGGAUCAGCAACUGUUCUUCGAUGCCUAAUAGUUGCCGAAAAUUUCAAUGAUUUGUCCAGUAUUACAAUCAGUAUAUAUUGGAGGCAGGAUUUGAACCCAGGUCAUCCUGAAUACAACACCAGCUCUCUAUCCUAAAUGGCGAUGGUGUCAAAUUCAAAUAGAAACUGGGGCCACUUAACCUAUGUAAGGAUCCCUGAAGGAUACCUACUGGCACAGAAAUCCAUAUACUAUCAUUAGCUAUGUUCUAUUGUGUUCUUAUUUAUUUUGUUAAAUAUUUCCCAAUUACAUUUUAAUCUGGUUCAGUCUCUGCUUUGUGGCUCGUAGUAUGAUUGACACCUCUGCUCUACCAUCUAGGGCUGCCUCUCAUGUUAUAAUCUUCCCAUUGCCCCCAGGAGCAAAAUUAAAAUACUUUGGUAUUCAAAGCCCUUCAUAAUCUAGUCCCCUUCUACCUGUCCAGUCUUCUUACACCUUACUCCUCACCAUCUACUUUUUGAUCCAAUGACACUAGUCUCCUUGCUGUUUAACAAACAAGAUCUGUAAUCUCUCAGCUUUGGGCAAUCUCUCUGGACAUCCUCCAGGUUGAUUGCAUGUUGUCUCUCCCAUUAGAUUAUAAACUCUUUGAGAGCUGGGAGUGCCUUUUGCCUUUAUAAAAAUUAUUCCCAGCAGUUAUUAUAGUGCCUGGCAUAUAGCAGGCACUUAAUAAAUGUUUAUUGAUUGAUGCAUAACAAACCCAAACAUCAAAACUAAUACAGCAGUUCCCUUGAAAGAGUUAAUAUCAUUUGGAUCCUUAAUGUAAAUUGAGGGAGAGGGAAAUAGGAUGAUGGCUAAUGGUAAGAGAGGAAGUUUUGGAACCCUUCAUAACCUCUCUCUCUCUUUUUUCUCAUUCUGUAAAAUCCAGCAUCUUGUCUCCUUGAAACUUAUUUAUGUAGUUAAAGUGUUAUUUAUUUGUUGCAUCCUUUUCAUGUGAAUUGGAAGAUAGACACUGUCUCUACACAUGCAAAUGAAAAGAGCGAGGAAUAAUUCAAGCCAAAACUUGAAACAAAAGUUGUUUUGACUGGAACUAUGAAGUUAGUUGCUAAUAUGGUUCAAAUUCAUCUUGCUCCUUCCUUCUCUACUUCUCCAAGUCAAUGUAAACGUGAUGGGAGCCAGUCGUCCAUCUUUGCCAUAGACAGUAUCUUGAAUAUUGAGAUGAGAAACUUCAUCAGUUUCAGAACCAAAAGCACUGCUUUGCCCAAUAAGCCAAUACUCAUGAUUUUUGUCUCUGUAGUGUGUCUGGGUGCUACCUUUGUUCUUCUGGUAUGAUCAGUUUUGUCCAAAGAGAAAAAUGGUGGAAAUAAUUUAGGUAAUAAUAAUUACUGUGGGAUUAUUUUAACAGCAAUUUUCUAAAGUACCUCACUGAAAUACACGCAUGUGUAUAAUUGAUAUGUAUAUAUGUUUGUGUGUCUACAUCGUACUUGCAUAAAAUAAUGUGUGGG